CACGGAACCAGCCGGGAGGCGACACCGCCUCACCCGCUCGCGGUGUGCCGGCCAUAGCGCUCCGCCGCAGCGCGUCCCCCGGAACUCCUGGCGCGGCCGCUUGUUUCCGGGGGAGGCCGGAGCGCACCGGGGGCACACGCGGCGGGCAGUCACGAGGAAGCUUUCCAUGCCACGCUGAUUGUAGUCGGCUGUUGAAGGAGUAAGAUGGAGGAAAAGGAGAAGAAGAAGCACCAUGCCAAGCACAGUGGACCAAAAGCAGAGAAAAAAAGGAAACGUCAUCUUAAUGAUCUGGGGAUAGGAGAGGAGGAGGAUGCUCGGAAGAGAAACCCCAAAGCCUUCACAGUGCAGUCCGCCGUGCGGAUGGCCAGAACGUUCCAUAGAACUCAGGAUUUGAAGACUAAAAAACAUCACAUUCCUGUGGUUGACCGUACUCCUUUGGAGCCACCUCCAGUGGUGGUGGUUGUAGUUGGCCCUCCCAAGGUUGGGAAGAGCACCUUAAUAAAAUGUCUCAUUAAGAACUUCACAAGACAAAAAUUGGUUGAAAUCCGGGGCCCUGUUACUAUUGUUUCAGGUAAAAAACGCAGGCUAACUAUUAUUGAAUGUGGAUGUGACGUUAAUAUGAUGAUUGACCUGGCUAAAGUUGCUGAUCUGGUUCUGAUGCUCAUUGAUGCCAGCUUUGGAUUUGAAAUGGAAACGUUUGAAUUCCUGAACAUUUGUCAGGUACAUGGCUUUCCCAAAAUUAUGGGAAUUCUUACCCACCUGGAUACAUUCAAGAACAACAAACAAUUAAAGAAGACAAAAAAGAGGUUAAAGCACAGAUUCUGGACUGAAGUAUAUCCGGGUGCUAAGCUGUUUUAUCUGUCUGGGAUGGUUCAUGGAGAGUAUCAAAAACAGGAAAUUCACAACUUGGGGCGUUUUAUCUCUGUUAUGAAAUUCCGACCUCUUACUUGGCAAACGUCUCACCCAUAUGUUCUUGCAGACAGAAUGGAAGACUUGACAAACCCAGAAGAUAUACGAAUCAAUCCCAAAUGUGACAGGAAGAUAUCACUUUACGGCUACUUAAGAGGAGCAUAUCUGAAAAACAAAAGCCAAAUUCAUAUGCCAGGUGUAGGGGACUUCACUGUGAGUGAUGUGAGUUUCCUGCCAGACCCCUGUGCUCUACCCGAACAGCAGAAGAAGCGUUCUUUAAGUGAGAAAGAAAAACUAAUCUAUGCCCCUCUCUCAGGUGUUGGGGGUAUUGUAUAUGAUAAGGAUGCUGUUUAUAUUGACCUUGGAGGAAGCCAUGCUCAUGAAAAUGAAGAGGAGGAAAUGAGACCAAAUCAUGAGCUACUUCAGAGCCUCAUCUCCACUCACUCAGCCAUAGAUACUAAGAUGGCAUCAAGCAAGGUUUCUCUCUUCAUGGACUCUAGACCGUUAGGUUCAGAAGAUGUAGGACAAGAGAUUGUGAUGCCAAAAGAAGAGAGGCAAAUUGAUUUGAAGACUGGAAGAGUACGUCGGAAGGCAUUAUUUGAUGAAGAAGAAAAGAAAGAAAAUGAUGAUGCAGUUAGUGAUGAGGAAGAUGACCAAGAAGAAGAAGAAGCAAUGUCUGAGGAUGGAAGCAAUGGUGAUGAUGAAGAAGAUUCAGAGGAAGAAAGUGGCGAAGAGCUCUUGGAGGCAGAGAUGGCUCCUGGGAGUGCCAAGCGCCUGAAAACAGAGGUGGCUAAAGAAGAAACUGUGAGUGAACUGCCAGCAUUUGCUGAUAGUGAGGAUGAUCUUGAGAUGAGUUCUGAAGAAGGACAAGCUGCCUCUGAAGAAAAUGAAACAGAGGAAGAUGAUGAUGGUGAUGAUGAUGAGCAAAGGACAUACGGAAAUGAGAGCUCAGAUAGUGAAUUUGAAGCUGCAAGCAAAGGAACUGUUGAAUCUGAGCAGAAUGAACUAGUGAGUGAAGAUAAAGAAAUGAGAUCCGAACUGUCAGUUCGCAGUCUGAAAAAAAAAUUAUUGCUCACAACAGAUUCGGGAAAUUGCACAGCAGAAGAGGCAUCAGAAUCUGAGGUUGAAUCCCUCAGUGAGGGAGAUGAUGAAGAAAAAUCACAAGAUGAAUUAGAAGCUGAAGUAUCAGAUAGGAAGGGAUUUCAGCCAAAGCAAGCUGGUAGGACUGGGCUUCACGCUGAACUUGAAGUUGUAGAAGCUGAUGAUGAUGUUGAAAAUCUACUGAGAGAAGAAGAGGAGUAUGAAGAAAAAAUAGAUUUUUCUGCUGACACUGCAGGUGCACUUAAAUGGAAGGAGGACCUCACACAGAAGGCAGCUCAGGCCUUUCUAAGACAGCAACAGGCAACCCCAAAUCUUCGUAAACUCAUAUAUGGAACAGCUGUCGAGGAUGAGGACCGUGAAGGUGAGGAUGCAGGUGAUGAACUUGGAGGUCUAUUUCAUGUCAGCCGUCCAGACAAAGAAUCCAAGCAGAAGGCUAAUGGUCUCGACUGCUCCAAGUUUCUGGUAGAAAAGCCUCAAGACUGGGACUUAGAAGAGGUUAUGAGCAGUAUUAGAGACUGCUUUGUUACAGGGAAGUGGGAAGAAGAUAAAGACGCAGCAAAGUUGUUGGAAGAAGAUGAAGAAUUGUAUGGAGAUUUUGAAGAUCUUGAAACAGGUGUUGUGCACAAAGGAAGGCCUACUACUGAGGGAGAUGAGUCUGAAAACGAAGAAAAGAAUGAUGGAAAAAAGUCCAAACCAGAAGCUGAGGAGGAGGAAGCAAAGAAGGAGCGCCUGGAAAAGAAGCGGAAACUGAAAGAAAUGUUUGAUGCAGAGUAUGAUGAAGGGGAUGCCACGUACUUUGAUGAUCUUAAAGAAGAAAUGCAUAAACAAGCCCAGCUUAAUCGAGCUGAAUUUGAAGACCAAGAUGAUGAGACCAGAGUGCAGUAUGAGGGCUUUCGGCCUGGGAUGUAUGUUCGAAUAGAGAUUGAGAAUGUCCCAUGUGAAUUUGUCCUGAAUUUUGACCCUCAUUAUCCAAUUAUCCUGGGUGGUUUAGGCAACAGUGAAGGAAAUGUCGGAUACGUACAGUUGCGCCUGAAGAAGCACCGAUGGUAUAAGAAGAUACUUAAGACACGUGAUCCUUUAAUCCUCUCAUUAGGAUGGAGGCGAUUUCAGACUAUUCCAAUGUUCUACAUUGAAGAUCACAAUGGCCGUCAUAGGCUUCUGAAGUACACACCACAACAUAUGCACUGUGGAGCAACUUUCUGGGGGCCCAUCACUCCUCAGGGAACAGGAUUUCUGGCGGUUCAGUCUGUCUGUGGCACAACACCUGAUUUCCGGAUAGCUGCCACAGGAGUUGUGCUUGAUUUAGAUAAAUCCAUAACUGUUGUGAAGAAAUUAAAGCUAACUGGCUUUCCAUUCAAAAUUUUUAAGAACACUUCUUUUAUUAAGGGAAUGUUUAACUCCCAGUUGGAAGUGGCUAAAUUUGAAGGUGCAGCAAUUCGUACUGUGAGCGGUAUCCGAGGACAGAUUAAAAAAGCCCUCCGAGCUCCAGCAGGUGCUUUUAGGGCAACAUUUGAAGACAAGUUGCUGAUGAGUGAUAUUGUCUUUGUGAGGACUUGGUAUCCUGUGUCUAUCCCCAAAUUUUAUAACCCUGUAACAUCCUUGCUGAAGCCAGCAGGUGAGAAAGAUAGUUGGAGAGGAAUGAGGACAACAGGCCAGCUGAGGCAUGACCGAGGCAUUAAGCUGAAACAAAACAAAGAUUCCCUCUAUAAGCCUAUUGUGAGGGAGAAAAGGCAUUUCAAUAAGCUCCACAUUCCUAAAGCACUGCAGAAAGCACUGCCAUUUAAGAACAAGCCUAAGAAUCUUGAGAAGAAAGGCAAGACUCCAAAAGACCAGUGGAGACCAGCUGUUAUCAGGGAGCCUCAUGAAAAGAAGAUAUCGGCCCUACUCAAUGCUUUGAGUACAGUGAAUAAUUACAAGAUAAAGAAAGCCAAAGUAAAACAUCGGCAGCAGAUUAAAGAAUAUGUUAAAGUUAAGCAGAAGGAGGAGGAACAGAAAUUAAAGAGACAAAAGGAGGCUAAGAAGAAGAUUUAUCGAAUACUGGGACAAAGGGAGAAAAAGAGACAGAAGUCAAGCUUGAAAGGAUCUAGUGAGGGAGGAAAGAGUGUGUAAAAUUUUGCAGAUUUUGGGGCAAGUGAGAAAAUAGGAUGGCUGUGCAAUUUUCUCUUGAAACAAACAAACAAAAGCCUUAGACUGCACUGAAUGUGCUUUCAAGAGAAGAAUGUGAAUGUGACCUUUUUCAAACUAUUGGAUACAUUUGGAAAUGUAUAUAAAUAAGAUGGAGAACUAUGAAUUGUGGUUUUUCUAUACGAUAUUCUAUAGGACUUUGUGUCUCAGUAUAUUUCUACCCGUACUGCAUAUUUGUCCAGCCAAUAAAGUAUUUUAUUGCCAAGUUUCUGAA